CAGUUAGAUCAUUCUUCUCUAAAGAUAACUCAUCCUCUUUAUCAGUUAGAUCAUUCUUCUCUAGAGAUAACUCAUCCUCUUUAUCAGUUAGAUCAUUCUUCUCUAAAGAUAACUCAUCUUCUUUAUCAGUUGGAUCAGUCUAAUCUAAUGAUAACUCAUCCUCUUUAUCAAUUAGAUCAUUCUAAUCUAGAGAUAACUCAUCCUCUUUAUCAGUCGGAUCAGUCUACUCUAAAGAUAACUCAUCCUCUUUAUCAGUUGGAUCAGUCUACUCUAAAGAUAACUCAUCCUCUUUAUCAGUUAGAUCAUUCUAAUCUAAAGAUAACUCAUCCUCUUUAUCAGUUGGAUCAGUCUAAUCUAAAGAUAACUCAUCCUCUCAAUUAG